AUGACGUCGGCGAUAGAGACAGACGGGGACGUGGCACGGAGGGCCUGCGCGACGGGCAAGAAGGGGCCAGGAGACCGCCUCCCCAGCUCGGGCCCCCCUUCCGCGAUGCCCCACAUCGUGGGCCUGGGUGCGGCCUACGCCGCGGUCGAUGCCCGUGACUCCAGCUCGGCAUCGCGCCGUUGGACGAGCGUGGGCGCCUCCGCCGCGGGGGCGGCGGCCACGCUCAAGGUCAUGGCGACCAAGCCGAAGCCCACGAGUCGUGACGGCCGCCGACGAGGGGGCGACAAGGAGCGCAAGCUGACCACCAAGGACGGCGGCCUUCGCGAGCUGCUGCUGGUGCUACCAUGCAGGCCGGUUAACCUCGAGGAGGCCAGCCCAGUGGUCAAGCAGAUGCAGGAGGAGGGGAAGGCUUUCGCGGAGAACGCGCAGAACUUGAGGAGCAAGGUGGCCAAGAUGAGAGAGGCCGCGAAGUCGCCUGUGUUCGCCGCCAUGGUGGAGGCGCUCGCGCUGCAGGAGAUUGGGAAGGUCAACAGAGUAGCCCUGGAGGCCUGGGCCACCCGCAUGGUGGGGGACCCACCAGACUACGUGAAGUUGUGCAGGCUGGAGAACUGCUACCAGGAGGGCCAGACAAAAGUCGUGCUCUCGGUGUCGGAUCAGGGGAAAGAAGACAUCCUGGUCCCGUCGAGGGGCGCGCCGGGCGUGCUCCGCGGAGGGCCUCGGUGCGGGGCGCGGCGGGGGCCAGGGCGGGCGCCCGCCGCGGCAGAUGUGCUUGCCGCGUCCGCCGACGCCGGGCCCAGGAUCGGAGGGCACGUGAUGAACAUGACGACGGGCUGCGGCAUCAUCAGGCUAAAGAUGAGGCCGGAUGCCGCGCCCAUCACUUGCGACUACAUCACCAGGGCGGUGGAGGAGGGGCUCUACGACGGCAAGACCUUCUACCGGAGCGACUUCGUAAUCCAGUGUGGGCUGCACGGUAGCAACACCAAGCCCCCGGGUGACAUCAGCAAGAACGAGACCAAGCAGGGCGAGUUCGUGUCUAAUACGCGCGGAACUUGUUCGAUUGCUCAUUGGGACGUUCCCGACAACGGGAACACGGAGUUCUUCAUCAACCUGCAGGCCAACACGCACUUGGACGACGUGUACGGGGUGGGGCGGUGGCGGGUAUUGCGUGUUCGCAGAGGUGGCGGACGACGAUUCGUUUGCGACGGUGGACAAGAUCGCGGAAGAGGUGAAGAGUAA